AUGGUAUUAACAGAAAUAAUUACAAGUGAAGAAAAUAAUAAAGAAAAUCUUAUAAGAAAUAAAGAAAAAACAAUUCUUAAAAAAUACGAAAAGGAUAGAUAUAAUAUUAUAGAAAAAAUAAGAAACGGUUUAAUAACAAAAAAUAAUUUAUUAAAUACAAAAAAUAUUACAACUGAAAAUUUUUUAAUAGACAAAACAUAUAAAUCUGAUAUAGAAGAAGAUAUAGAAAGUUCUUAUUUGGAAUAUAUUAAAACAUUAUGUACACCUUAUAAAUUAAUUAAUAUAUACCUGGCAAGUUUCCUUUUUGUUUUAUUCAUUUAUAUUUUUAUACAUUUAAUUAAACGUAUGUAUAAGAAAUUUAGAAAGAAAAAGUCAAAGAAAAAAGAAAAGAAAUUUAAAUCUGAAAGUUCUGACAAUUUCUUAUUAAUUGACAUAUUUUAA